UACAGUAUGGAAAUUGUUUGUUAUAUUCUGCCCGUGAUGAUUUGCGCAGUAAUUCCUGUGCAGCCCGUAUUGAUGAUAAGAAAUGCUGACCCUGCACUUUGUCAGACACAAGAGAUGCAAGGAUUGUGUGCCUUGUCUGGGAAAUGGAGAAAUCAGCUACAGUCAGAAAUGAUGAUAACCUGUAAAGACGGAACCAUACAAGGUCAAUAUAACAGCGCCGUCGGAAAUGCUGAACGAGAGUACGACAUCGCAGGGAGGUAUCUACAGGUGAACGAGACAGAAUAUAUCGUAGGAUGGUCUGUUGCCUAUAAAAAUCAGUACCGUGAUGCUAGAUCCAUUGCAAGUUGGACCGGAGUAUUCUACGCUACUGAAGGUAUAAUCAAGACUCAGUGGAUAAGAGCAGCAUUCCAAAACCCAGAAGAUUAUUGGUCGACUUUUACAACCAAUCAGGACAUGUUCAAUAAGGUUCAAUCCCAUCCUUGUUUGAACAACAUCAGGAACUGAAUGCAU